AUAAUGCACACUGGCUUGUAGUAACAUUUUCUUCUUCGUUUUAUUUUUAAUCUUUUCUUCUCCACUAACUUUGUUGCUCUCCCAAGUUUCAAGGUUCCCUCACAACCCCAAAAAAACGAAUCAAGAUUUUGCUGCAGUUACUUUAAAAAAAAGGAUUCUUGAUUAAACAAAACUCAAAAGGGCAAGCCUUUCUUGAUCACAUUUGACUGUCCCAGUAGUUAUUUACUAAUUCUAAGUACUGGUGGAUUACCGUAAUAAGCUAAGCAAACUUAGUUUCAGAACCCCAUUUACCGUUUAUUGUUUUUCCUUUUUUGUUUGUUUGUUUGAUUCUUUUGAUGCUUUUUCCUGUCAUAUGUCUUUCAACAGACGUUACAAAAGAUGAUGUCUUGGGAUGAGAGCGAAACUGAAAGUUAAGUUUCUGAUUGUGGAGAAGACGGGAGGAAGAGAAGGAAAGGCUCUAUUUACUACAAUUUCUUGAUAAAAUAGAGUGACUGGCUGAAAUUGGAGGAUCCAUCUAGCAGCGUAUGGAGUGGACAAGUACAACGGAAAUGUCUGGAGAACAAGUGAACAAGUGAGAUAAGGCCCAGACAAAGUCUUCAAGUCUGACUUCUCUAUAUAUGAUUAAGCUUUCCAGAAAUGGGAUGGAAAUUGGUCUGCUGAACCAGAUUAUUGGAUCUACAAUCUUAUCAUUGAUGGUAGAGGGAGGUGAUGAAUUAGUUUAACAAUGACAGGUUGUGUAAUUCUUGAGGGCCUGGAGGGUGACUUUUUGUUGUAUUUAAAUAGGGAUUUUGAUGGAGGAGAUGUGUGUGGAAGUUGCAGUGCCAUUUAGAAUAGGUAAUUUUGUGGGUGAAAGACCAACUGAGGAAAGUUGUGUUGAUGUCGUUGGAACAAGGUUGAUGGAUGAUAGAAUGAGCUCGUUUUCAGAUUCUGAGGCUAAAAGUAUGGCAGAUUCAGUUUCUGGUGGGGAUGAGGAUUGCAAUUUUGGUGAUUCAGGGAGUGAAGUCAGUGUUGCCAUGUCUUCUUUGCCUGAAGGGAAUACAAGUAGGGAAGCUUCCUUACUUGAUAUGACUUCUGAAAUUGAAAGCAACUGGCUUGCUAGUGAUUCUGUUGUCCGUGAGAGUGAGGAGGAUGAUUCUUUGUCACUGGAAGGUGAUUGUUCUCUGUCUGUGAUUAGUGAUUCUAGCAGCAUAUGUGCUGAUGAAAUUUUCCCAUAUGAUGCAACAUCUGAGAUAGGGACUUCGAAUUUUAUUGAAGUUGAGAGGAGUAUAUGCAAUGUUGAACUUGAUGUUAAGGCUGGAGAUACGAGGCAGUCAAAUGUUGGUGAGAUUGUGCAUGAUUCUCUAGCUAUCACUGUUGGCCUUGAGGAAGAGAUUGCUGAAGGGUCAACCUCAAAACCAUCUACAGUUGUUGUCGAACUCCCUUCCAAAAGAGGGUUAAGUGUAACAGUUGGCCGCAGCAUUUUUGAGAUUGACUACGUGCCCCUCUGGGGAGUUAAUUCAGUUUGUGGUAGGAGACCAGAAAUGGAAGAUGCCUUUACAACUGUGCCUGGGUUCCUGAAAAUUCCGCUUCAAAUGCUUGUUGGGGAUCGUGUUCUUGAUGGAAUGACCAACUGUCUAAGUCAUCUGACGACUCACUUCUUUGGAGUCUAUGAUGGCCAUGGAGGCUCUCAGGUAGCAAAUUAUUGCCAUGAUCAUAUGCAUUCUGUUUUGGUUGAGGAGUUGGAAGCUAUUAUGGCCAGACCAAGUGAUGGAAGUAAUAAGGAAACCUGCCAAGAGCAGUGGAAAAGAGCAUUUACCAAUUGUUUUCUCAAGGUUGAUGCUGAGGUUGGAGGGAAAAGUGGUCUUGAACCUGUUGCUCCAGAAACUGUUGGCUCUACUGCUGUUGUUGCCCUUGUUUGUUCGUCUCACAUCAUAGUUGCAAAUUGCGGUGAUUCCAGGGCAGUACUUUGCCGUGGGAAAGAACCUAUGGCAUUAUCCAUUGAUCAUAAACCAAAUCGAGGAGACGAAUAUGCAAGGAUUGAAGCUGCUGGAGGCAAGGUUAUACAGUGGAAUGGGCAUCGCGUGUUCGGCGUCCUUGCCAUGUCUAGAUCUAUUGGAGAUAGGUAUUUAAAACCCUGGAUAAUACCAGAUCCAGAAGUGAUGUUUAUUCCUCGAACGAAGGAUGAUGAGUGCCUCAUUUUGGCCAGUGAUGGAUUAUGGGAUGUUAUGACAAAUGAAGAGGUCUGUGACACGGCCCGUAAACGGAUACUUGUCUGGCAUAAAAAGAACGGCGUCACACUUCCCCUGGGGAGAGGUGAAGGCGUAGACCCAGCAGCUCAAGCGGCAGCUGAGUGCCUCUCAAACCGUGCUAUUCAGAAGGGAAGCAAGGACAACAUAACCGUAAUUGUGGUGGACCUGAAAGCCCAGAGAAAAUUUAAGAGCAAGUCCUAACUGUGUGUAUUCUCAAGUUUGCUCUCUCAAUUCCUAGGGGUAGGGAGAAUUAUAAUACAGCAUUACCACAGCCCUUCUGUUUUUCACCAGGGCCAUGCAACUUCCAUUAGCGCGGGCAUUUGAGGUUCUAUGCCCAGAAUUUAGAAGUCCUAUGAUUCUCAUGCCAGAGUUCAACCUAUGUAAAUUUAGCUCGAAAUAGUAAUAGGAACAUCAAGGAAGUCGAAUGCCAUUGGCAUCAAUUAUGUUGGUAUAAGCCAAUGUACUGGCUUAUUUGCCUCCGAGUUAAAGAAAGUCUCUGUGAGGUAAGUCAAAACUUUUGUACGACUUUGGGGAUGUUAUGCCUUGCAAAUGAAUAGCAAAUUUAAGUGAUUUAGAGGGGUUUUCCAUUA